UAAAAUUUUAAGAAAUAUAAACAUUACAAAUCAAAAUGGGCUUAUUAGAAUUGUGUGAAAAAUAUUUCGAUACGCCAAAUUUGUAUGAAGUGCUACAAAUUUCAGAAAGUGCUAAUGACAAAGAAGUUAAAAAGGCAUACCACAAGCUAUCUCUUAAAGUUCACCCGGAUAGAGUGAAUGAGGACGAAAAACUAGAGGCAACUGAAAAGUUCAAGGUACUAGGAAGUGUCCAUGCAAUUCUUAGUGAUAAAGAAAAGAGAGCGCUUUACGAUGAAACUAAAACGGUUGAUGAUGAUGAUUACAAUGUUGUACAAGACAAAGAUUGGACUAUUUAUUGGAGGCUAUUAUUUAAAAAGAUAACAGAUGAAGAUAUCAGAGCAUAUGAAAAGGAAUACAUGGGAUCUGAAGAAGAGAGGAAAGAUUUAAAAAAAGCAUAUUUAGCUGGUAAAGGAGAUAUGGACAUCAUCGUUGACAGAGUACAGUUUGCCAGAUCUGAACAGGAACCGAGAUUAAGAGGCAUCCUGACUGAAAUGAUAGAACAGGGUGAGAUUCCUGCUUACAAAAUAUUUACACAUGAACCAGCCAGGAAAAGACAGAAAAGACAUGCCAAAGAGAAUAGAGAGGCUAAAGAAGCAGAGGAAAUACAAAAAUCGAUGGGCUUAAAUUCAGAAUCAAACAGCUUGGAACUGAUGAUAAAAGAAAGGCAGGAGUCCAGAGCUAAACAAAUGGAUUCCUUAAUUGACAGUCUUGCUGAGAAGUAUGGCGGGAAAUCAAAGGCAACGAAGCGGAAGGCAACAAAGGAGGCUGGCACCAAAAAUAAGAGGAAGAAGUAA